CACAGUCCGCGCUCUUCAUUCGGUGGAAAAGCAAGCUCUCGUCUCGGUCUUGUGGGGUGCUCGAGUCACCCACAUACACUCGUCCGGCGGAAAAAAGCCUAAAACGGUCGAUUGUAAAAUGAUCUGCUAGUUUUAUUCCCAAACGCAAACGAACCGAGGCUUUGGUGAAGGCCCUGAUGAACUAGUACAUCUGGCCAAGUGAACUCAACUCUCCGGCUGAUUCCUUAGAUGUUUUCCAAGGCAACGAUUUCUUCUGUAUCUGUUUUCCGCUAAAUCCAACUACCGCCUGUAAUUAACGGGUCCAAAAAUCCGUGGAGAGUAAACCUCGAGCAGCACCACCAGGACCCUGUGAAAAUGAUUGUACGUCGCCGAUCCCGCCGCGCCCGUAUGUGGAACAUGGGGCUGCUUUUCUUAAUCUACUAUUGCGUCAGCAUCUACUCCGCCAAAGGAGACGUAAAAGAGGGACAGUCCAUGCCGCUGGACGUGGGCGGUCUGGCCGAGGACACCGGCGACGCAGAGGCUAAUGGAGAGGAAACCGCAGAGGGCAACACAGAGGGCAAGUCCGUCUUGGAAACCACACCGGCUUUUGAGGCCCAGGCGACCACGCAAUCCACUCCUAUACACGUCGCCGUUCCUACCUGGCGUCCCAAGCGGGACAACUGCACGCCUCCGGCCAUCGAGCAGUUCCCAGAGCCGCUGAUGAACAAGUGGGCGCGGCAGCACGGCGGCCUCAUCCUGCACAUCCUGGUGGCCGUCUUCACAUUUUUCGGCCUCGCCAUAGUGUGUGACGAGUACUUUGUGGCCAGUUUAGAUCGGCUGUGCGAGGAGCUAAAACUUUCGCCAGAUGUGGCGGGAGCUACGUUUAUGGCUGCCGGAAGCUCAGCACCUGAGUUGGCCACUGUGGUAAUAGGAGUGUUUUUUGCCAAGGAUGACAUCGGCAUAAGCGGAGUCAUAGGUUCCGCCGUGUUUAACAUUAUGUUUGUGAUCUCCGUCUGCGCCCUGUGCUCGGGCACCGUCUGCCAACUGAACUGGUGGCCCCUGGUGCGAGACUGCUUCUUCUACUGUGUCUCUAUCCUAGUUAUGCUGAUAAUCAUUUUCAACGACGUCAUAUCCUGCUUUGAGUCAGUAGUGAUGCUUCUCUGCUACGUAGGAUAUUGUGUAGCUCUUCACUUCAACACAGAGCUGGAACGGUGGGCGCUAGGUCUGAACCUACCCUUCAAGCUUCCCAGCAAGGAGGAACAGUCGGCUCUGGUGACGUACAAAAACGUCCCCGAAAGCUCAUACACCCAAGAAAGUGCUGCACAGGCCCAGGGACAGCAAGCACCAAAAGACAACGAGAGCAGACAUGUGGAGCCGCAGAACGACUACCAGAACUACAGCGAUCCCAAUGCCAGCUGGGACCCGAACGCCGCCUGGGGAGAAGAAAGCCAGCCGAACCCAGUGGCCAAUCCACCGCCGGUUGAUGACUGGGGCAUGGGACAGGUCGGCAAGGAGAACAUGGGCUACCACGCCGACCAGCCCGAGUCCGUGAUCACCGGAGAGGCGGCAUCGGCGGCGACGACUGCCAAAAGUGGUGGCCAGGUGAUACCCACCCAGGCCGCUCCGGCCGUAGGAGGUGACUACUAUAAGUCAACUGACAAGCAGCGGGAGCCACGGCGCGAUCCUCUUCUCCGGCCAACGGAGGGAGGGCUGCCAGCCCUGGUUGCCUGGUACGUGGUUUACCCAAUCCACUUCCUCUGCAAGAAGACAAUGCCCGACUGCCGGCAGGAUCAGUACCGGAACUGGUACCCAUUCACUUUCCUGAUGUCCAUGGUGUGGAUAUCGUUCUACUCCUACUUCAUGGUGUGGAUGAUCACAGUAAUAGGGUCCACGCUGGCCAUCCCGGACACAGUGAUGGGUCUGACGUUUGUGGCCGCUGGCGUGUCCGUCCCGGAUGCCCUAAGCUCAAUAGCCGUUAUCAAAGAGGGCUUCGGCGACAUGGCCGUGUCGAACGCAAUUGGCUCAAAUGUCUUUGAUAUACUAGUGUGCUUAGGUCUUCCCUGGUUUAUACAAACGGCCAUCAUUAAGCCCGGCUCGCACGUCAACGUUAUAUCAAAGGGACUAGCCUACUCCACGCUGUCACUCUUCUCCACCGUUGUCUUCUUGAUCCUCUCCACGCACCUGAACGGCUGGAAGCUGGACAAGCGACUGGGCAUUAUCCUUAUGGUCUGGUACUUGUUCUUUAUUACGCUGGCGUCGCUCUACGAAUUGAAUGUCUUUGGCUACAUGAACCCACCCGAGUGCCCCAGCACUUACUAAUAACCCGAAGAUGUCAGCAACGCACGUAUAGUCGGAUUACCAGCACCAAGUACCGUAUACAUAUAGACAUAUGUACAUGUAGAGUUGUUCAUAGCCUCAACUAAAACAUAAAAUGCAAGAACUGGAAGGAACGUUCACCUAACUUUAAUUAAAGGACAAAUUUAAUACUCAGAACGCGUUUUACAUGGAUUUUUACAUUGCACCAGAAGAAAGUGGAGUCGAUAAACCAAAUAAUAAAGUAUAUAAAUGUACAUUUAUACUAUAUUUAUUCAUAUGUAUUUAAAUAACACUUAGGAAACUAGCAACCAAUAUUGAAGUGCUUCUUUCUAAAUUGAGAAACUAUUACUCACAUAAAUUUAUUUCUACUACUCAUCGUUCAGCCAGUUAAGAUAAAAUUAUAAGACCGCCAUAAAUUUAAAUAAAGCUUAAGCAUAGCCGUAAUCGUCUUCAUAAUUUCAUGAUAAAUUCCUAAACAUUUGCAUUUGCGCUUUUAAUUUAAAGUAAAACAAGGUCGCACUGAGACCCCUAUAACAGAUUUCCACGUAUUUAAAACAUUAUUUAAAUUUUUAUCAACGCUCAGACCUGUUUUCUAGUCAUCAUGGUAAGCUAAAAGUACGGUUCAAUCCUAGAAAUUGUAUGAAAUUUAUAUUAUAUGGCGACGAGAAAACGGUAUUUUAAAUGUUUGAUUUCUGUAAAAUGUGUUGUAAUAUGUUAUCACUUCUUAUAAAAAUAUUAUUUAGGGCUAAAAAUAGGUUUCGCAAUUCAGAGAGAAGUACACAUACAUAUGUAAUAAAAAAAGUAUAUAUAAAGCAGAAAAGCAACUGUAGAUAGGGAGAUAUAUAUAUGUAACUAAAAUACAGAGAGCAACAACAAAUGAGUUAAUGUUGCACACAACAGUCAAAUAGAUGUGCGAUUAUAUUGUUUUAUUUAUUCGCUUACAUUUAUGUAUAUACUUUUGUAUCACAUCGCUUUAGUUAUAGAUCUUAAUUUUACGAAAUCUUGUAAAAGCUCCGCAAACUAAAACAUAGAAUACUAGUGGAAAUUACUCAUGAGCUAGGUUUUGACCCAGAGAAUGAAUAUUUUGAGACAGGCCAAAAGAGUCUUAACUGUGGAACAAGGACAACGAAUUUUGUUACAUUAUUGUUGUUGUUUUAUAUUUAACUAAAUUUAAAGGCGAUGAUUUAACGAUACCCCACGAAAAACGUCCUAAUUGAUACAAAACAACAUUAAAGUGCAAAGAAAUUUAUCACAGCGGCAAUUAAUCGUGUCAAUUUAUUGUAAAUAACAUCCAGUUAUAGAAUAUAUAUUUAUAAGUAUAUAUUCUAUGGAACGCAUAUUAAACACUUCAAGUCAAUUUGUGCUCAUAACCAACCCCGUUCCAGCUUUAACACUACUUUUUAAAGCCAGGAGUACUUUUUAAGACUUUAUUUUUUAUCUAUAAUUACCAAAAUGUAAUUCAUUUUUGUUCAAACCCAGUUUCUAUAAUAUUUUAGAGACCAGUGUAAACUCCUUUACUAGCAGAAGAGUUGUGAAGGGGAUGCUGGUGCUCAUUACACAGAAUUCUAAUAACACGUUAGCUAAGAGAAAAUCCUAAGACAAAAAGUAUACAUGUAGUAUACAUACUCAAAUGUACACUUACCAAUACUAAUCAUACUAAAUUAGUGAGCAAUGCUUAAAGACCGCGCUCAAAUCAUAGUCAAAUAAAUACGAACUUAUAUACAUCCACAUAUUUACACAAAGUUAACAUACAUAUAUGUACGAAUGCCGAUUCAAGGAUAAUGUUUAAAUAUUUUUGAAGAUAUGAACCUAUGCCCGGAACAUUGACUUCUAUAGCACCAGUUUACAAAAUAAAAUCGUCAAAAUGCUACAAGAAGGCUACCUUGGUUUUCCGGUAACCUUAAGCUCCCUGAUAAAAAAAAUAGCACAAAAUUUGUUUGCAUGGUGUCAAUUUAUGUAGGUGUAAAAAACUUUUUAAGCCUGUUUUCGAGUCUUUUUAAUUCGUUCAUCAAAGAUUACCGUUAACAGAAAACACAUUACCGAUUUCCAAACGUUUAAAAAUUCAUACAAAAUCAGUUUACUGAUGGAUUGUAGAGACAAUUAGAUUUUGUCUUUGCCAACAGUACCUAUCUUCAAGUAUAAGCAAUCAAACGGCGACGCCAAAAAGUACCUAUAUAUUCUCCUAAUCAGGUCAGAUCUCGGAAACUAUAAAAGUUACAAAUUUUUUAGUAGGCAUGCAGAUUCUUAGAAACCAAAACUGUGGCGCCCACAUUUUUGUAGAUUAACAUUUAAAAGAAUUAUUAUUCUGAUCCGCUUGUCAAUAAGUACCGGCACGCCGAAAAUGGUUAAAAUCGGGCAAUUAGUUAUUGAGUUAAGUUAAGUAAUGAUUAAACGCCCGUACGUAGCAAGAACAUCGUCAAUAACGUCACAGCCAGUAAAAAAAAAAGAAAAGUGUAAAAAUUUAAACAAGAUAAAAUAAAAAGUCAAGGCUCUCGACAAUAGCGCUCUUUCUUGAUAAACUUUGUCGGCCUAUAGCAUUGUUAUUAGCUACUGAAACUACAUAUAUGUUGUGUAUAGUUGAAGAGCGUUUUGUUACCAGUAAAAUCUUUCAUGGCCGAAAUCGGCUUAUCAGAACUCGAGAUAAAAACAAAUAAAGAACGUUAUAGUCGAGUGUCUCGACUACCCCAUACCUGCUCUCAGCUACAGAGAGCGCAAGAGAAAUUAAGAUCUGCAAGCUGCAAAGCAACUUAUUCCGAGGUUGCAGGGCGCUACCUAGGGGCGAUUACAAUAUUUGGUCAUAAAUUCUUAAUUAACGGUCCAAUUUCAACCACUUGUGGGUAGGUAUUGAUAAGCAAAACGAAAUCAAAUUACCGCUUUUAGAAAAAAAAGGGUUAUGGGCGUUUGUAGUUUUCGAGAUCUCAGCGUUCAUAAGGAUGGUCAAAAAGGCUGACGCGGAUGUCUAAUGGCUAUGAGCAAUGAUAUAGAUACUGUUUAGGAUGGAAACGCUUCCUUAGAACUGUUACAUACUUUUUGACGAAUACAAUAAAUCCUUUUACUCUAAGAUUAACAGGAAUUUAUAAAAACAGGCUAAAAAUGUGGUUUACACUUACCAAAAAAGUAGAUCACGGAGCUUAUCCUUAUCCGAAAACCAAAGUAACUAACUGUCUAGCAUUUUGACGGUUUUAUUUUGUAAUCUAGUAUAAUAAAUGUAAACCAACUUCCAGAAACGAAUUAGUCACAACAUAAACAGCACCGUUAAAAAAAUAGUAAUACUACCGUUCUUCAACUUUUAAUGUCCAUUGUUGUCUCAAUAUACCACUAGAUAUUAUAAUUUGUUGUACUACUAUAUUGUCUAUAUGUAAUUUCAAAUUAUCCUCUAAAAAAAUCAAAAUGAUACAUCCCACAUUAGUGAUGAUGAUUCCCGUUUCUCGCGUUGUCUGUGUCCGCCUGUGUUUUUACUUUGUAAGAGAACGUAGAUCUCGGAAACUAUUAGGUCUCAAACCUAGAAUUUGAGGAUAAUAACUAUAACAAAUAUUUACCGUUACAUGUUCGUACAUUUACCUCCCUCAGUCUUCUCGACCAAUUUUAAAAUGCGUGAGCUUUAAAUUCUUAUUAACAUUACAGUUUGCCGGUUAAAAGUUGGAAUAUAUUAAAAAAAAAGAUUUCGACACACAUUUUAAGUUUUACAAAUAUCUAAUUUUAAAAAUUUUGAAAGACAUGACAAUAAAAAGCCACAACUUUUUUCUAAAAUUAUUGUAUAAUAGUCUCAUAUACAAUGUAAAAAGCAUGAGCCUUAAAAGUUGAAGGGAGGUGGAACUACGGGCAUUUUAAGCACAUAUAAGCGUUCUUGAAAUUCAUCGUUACACAAUAUGUAUUACGAACAAUCGCCUACUGCAAAUAUUCACUUAAUGAAAUAGCUCAUUACGUUGGUAUUUUAUUACCACGACACAAGUAAAAGGAUCUUCCCUACUCUAUUAAAAUAAUUAAUGAAUGUUUACUAGAGCAUAUAAUUUUAUAUAAAUGCUGGCCUGCAGAUCUCUCUCAGUUUAAACAGUAACAGUACACUCAAUUAUGGUACAAUAUACAUUAAAAACAAAACAAAAUAAACAAGUUAAACUUCUUGAUUUAAAACUAAAAUUAGCCCUUUCGUUUCAAUUUUAAAAUAAAGGUUAACACGUUGUUUAAAUACAAAUUAAAUUAUUUAAAACAAAAACCUCUUAGUAUGAAAUAAAAUUUACAUGUUUCGUGUUACUUCUAACAGUAUUUAAUGCAAAAGUGCACCUAUAGAGACAUAUUUAAAAUUCUGUACGCUACUUUAUUUGUUGAUGAGAAUCCAGAUUACCUAAAGCUUAGAAGAAUAGGUAGAAACAAAACCAUCAAUUAAGGAAAAUGGUAUUUCCCUACCAACAUAUACAUACAAUGUACAAUAAUUGUUACAUACACUAACAUAUAUAAAACUAAAACAUGCUAUACCAAAACAAUACAGUAAAAGUUUACAUCUGAAAUUUGUGUUAAUUAGUCGUAAUUGUUUGCAAAACUAUAUUCAAACCUGUUUAAAAUUUAACUUCGGGUCGAAAACGUUUAAUUAUUGGUGAGAUUGAACAUAUAAACACAAGAAAGUAUUGCUAAUAUAAAAAACUGUUGUUGUUAUGUUUAGUCUAAUGAAUUUCGGAAAUAAAUGCAUUAAUAGAUACAAAAUAAA